AUGUCUUCAUCCAUCACCUGUUUCUACCUUGGACGUGUGCAUUAUACUCCGGCAUGGAUGUUGCAAAAAGCGAUUGUGCAAAUCUUGAAGUCUUCAGAUGAAGCAUGCGCACAUACUAUUUUGUUCCUGGAACACAACCCAGUGUAUACGCUUGGUGUACGAUCUCAUGAUCCAACUAACGACUAUUCCGAAGCCAGCAUUAGGAAUCUAACCCAACUAGGCGCGGAGUUUAUUAAAACUGAUCGAGGAGGUCUGAUCACUUACCAUGGUCCCGGACAACUAGUGGCUUAUCCAAUUAUCAACUUGCGGUGCAAAUAUCUGGCAGGUCAUGGGAUCCGUUGGUUCGUAAACGCUCUUGAACUCGCAGGCGUAAACUUGUGCGCUCGAUUCCACUUGAAAGCCAGUCCUGGUAGCGGCUUGAAUGAUACUGGAGUAUGGUUGAAUUCGUUGAAAAAAGUUAUGGCUAUCGGCGUGCACAAAAGUGAUAGCAUCACUUAUCAUGGGGUCGCACUAAACUGUUCAAAUGAUCCAUUGCCAUGGCUCCGAAGGAUCGUUCCCUGUGGCCUCAUCGGUCGCGAUGUGACUUCUUUAUCGGAAGCCUGUAAGCGGGAGAUAUCAGUUGCAUCGGUUUCGCCGAUAUUUGCAACUUGCCUCAUUGAUCACCUCUUCGGUCUACCUGAUGUUCGUCAGAACCAUGUCACGAUAUCUCAUCGCUUCGAUUUGGCCAAUGAAUGGACGUCUUCCAGUUCAUCACUUUGUCACGUGGACGGAGCAGUUCUUUCCUGGUCCCUUGCCGUCAAUAAUAUUCUCGCCGAGGUUCGAUCACGAAUGGUAGUCAGACAGACGGCCGACUCGACACUAUGA